AUGCCAUCAACCAAUCUCCUCUACCACCUCCUCCUCGCGGUCCUCAUCCCCAUCACAACCGCCUUCCCCAUCCCCCUCCUCCACCCCCGCCAAUCCGUCGCAACCCUCUGCUCCGAAACCGGCUACUGGUCCGGCUCCGGCUACGAAGUCAACAACAACAACUGGGGCGCCUCCAGCGCAACCUCCGGGUCCCAAUGCACCUACGUCGAUUCCGCAUCAUCCUCCGGCGUCGCCUGGCACACGACUUGGACGUGGGAGGGCGGUGAGACGGAUGUGAAGAGUUUUGCGUAUUCCGGGUUGCAGGUGGAGAGGGGACACACGAUCGCGGCGAUUGGGGGUUUGGAGACGGAGGUGAAGUGGGCGUAUAAUACGACGGAGGGGGUCAGGGCGAAUGUGGCGUAUGAUUUUUUUACGGAUGAGGAUCCGGAACGGGAGACGACGGGGGGGGAUUAUGAGUUGAUGCUUUGGCUCGCGAAAUACGGCGACAUCCAACCCAUCGGCUCGACUGAUGCCAGCGCGACACUAGCCGGACACGACUGGGAUUACUACGUCGGCAACAAGAGCGACGGCAUGCGUGUGUACAGCUUCGUGGCGAUUAGCCAAAUUGACAGUUUCAGCGGCGACAUCAAGGAAUUUUUCGAUUAUGUCACGGAUCAUGACGGAUUUCCGGCUGAGACUCAGAACUUGAUUGUUUUUGACUUCGGCUCAGAGGCCUUUACGGGUGGCCCGACUGAGCUCACCGUUUCAAGUUUUACGGCAAGCAUGGAUACCUGA